AUGACCAGGGGCCUGCUCAAGCUUCUGUCCAGCAUUCUGCAGUACGAGCAGGGGGGCCUGGGGAGCCGCGAUGUCACACGUGGCGGCCCACAGUCGAGGUCUCGGAGUCUGGGCCAGACGGCGAGGGAGCGGAAGGGCAGGGGCCACCACAAGAAAGGCCACAGCCGUGCCAAGGCCGACCUCUGCCCUGCAGCACCCCGGAAGCCCUCCUUCCCCUUCCAGUGGGCCUGGGAGAGCCGGGCUUUGCUGCAGUCCGGCUCCUCGCACCCCGGCCUCCACAUCCCGCCUGUAGCCCUCGAGAUGCCCCAGCGCCCGCCCAAGCAGAAGGCCACCAUGCCCAAGCUCCCGGUGGCCCACGCCACUGGCUGGAGGCUCAAGGUGCCCAGCGCCGAGAGGAAACCCGCCGCUCCCAGCCCAGCCCAGAGCCAGGGGCUGGAGCUGCCCAGGAAGAAGGCCUGGCUCGGCCGGGAGUCGGACGACGACGGCCUCAGGGAGCUGCCCCGGCUCCCCAGGAGGGGACCCGCCGUGGAGGAGGCACAGGCUGCAGAGGCCCCAGAAGAGGCUGAGAGUGAGGGGGAGAGGCCCACCAGCGCCGGCCGCCUCCAGGGCCCGCAGCAGAGGAAGGUCAAGGCCAGGGACGUGGACAGACUCUGGCACCUGGAGAAGCCGCACAGGCAGCGACAGCGAGACUCGACCCGCGGCGCCGAAAAGCAGUCCCGGAAGGCCCUGCAGGCACUCCUCAACGCCUCCAAGCAGACGGGCAAGGGCCAGGCCUGGGGAGACAGAGAGGCCUCCCUGUACGUCAGUGUGCCCACUCGAACCUUCCACAAACGGCAGGAGGCCACCAGAAACCUCCUGCGGACACGGGAGCAGCAGCAGCAGCAGGAACGGCAGCAGGAGGAGCAGCGGCGGGCCCGGGAGCUGCGGGUCCAGCAGCAGGUGGCCCGGUGCCUGGCGGCCUACACCCCCAGGGCCAGCCGUGGCUGCGUGCCCGCCAUGCAGAAGCUGGAGGAGCUGAGGUGCCAGGAGCGGCAGCGCUUCACUGAAUACCAGGCGGAGCUGCACGACAUUCGCCAAAGGGUGCAGGCCCGGCCCUACCUGUUCCAGCAGGCCAUGCAGGCCAACGCCCGGCUCAGCGUCAACCGGCGUUUCUCCCGGGUGCUGUCGGCUCUGGGGCUGGAUGAGAAGCAGCUGCUGGCAGACGCGGACAAGAGGGACGUGGAGGACACAGCCAGGAACCCCAGCUCCCCCAAAGGGAAAACCGUGGCGGGGUCGGCCAACUGCGGGGCGUCAGACACGCGCUGGCUCCGGGGUUCGGGGCCCGGGAUGCACCCCAACAUCCGGCGGCCUCCAGCGCUGCGGGUCUAG